AUGGAGAGGCGUCGACGCUUGCUGCUCGCGCUCGUCGCCGUCGCCAAUGCCAUCGAGGCGCCGCGCAGCGUCGCGGGCGCGGCGCAGCUCCGCGGCGCGCGCGACGUGCCCGGCGCGACGACCGAGUCGGAGACGGACUACGCCGCCGCCGCGGAGACGGACGGCGCCGCCGCCGGCCCCGCGCGCGCGGCCGCGCCGCCGGCGCCGCGCGCGACGCUCGGCGAGGUCUUCGCGCACACGCGCGGCUUCGUCGCCGCGACGCCGUCGCAGCAGCUGCUCUUCGCGCUCACGUUCGCGUUCCUCGUCGCGCAAAAGGCGCUCAACGUCCGCGUGCCCUUCGCGCUGCAGCGCGCGGUCGACGCGCUCGGCGACGGCGGCGACGGCUCCGCCGCGGCGUCGCGGGCCGUCGCGAGCUACUGUCUCGGACGGUUGGGCGUGUCCGCGGCGGGCGAGCUGCGGAGCUUGUGUUUUUCCCGCGUGUCGCAGCGGUGCCAGCGGGCGUUCGGCGCCGCCGUCUUCGGCAAGGCCCACGCCAUGGACGCGCGCUGGCACGCGAACCACCCCACGGGCGAGGUCGCCGUGGCCUUUGGGCGCGGGACGCGGGGGGUUGCGAGCUUGCUGUUCCUCGGCGUCUUUUCCGUCGUGCCGACGGUGCUCGAGCUCGUCUUCUCCGUCGGCGUGCUCCGGCGGCGCUUCGGGUCGCACGGCUUCGGCCUCGUGACGCUCGCGACCUUCGCGGCCUACGCGGCCUGGACGGCGUCGCUCCUCGCGCAGCCCAUGAACUUUUUGGGGUACACGGUGUCGGAGAUCCGGCAGGGCUUGGUCGACGCGGACGCCGUCGUCAAGUUGCUCCGCGACGCGCCGGCGGCGGCGGACGACGCGCCGCCCCACGCGGUGCCGUCGCCGCCGGAGAUCGCCUUUUCGGGCGUGUCGGCGUCGCGCGACGGCUUCACGCUGGCGCUGAAGAACGCGACGUUCACGGCCCCGGCCGGCGGCGUCACGUUGCUCGUGGGCGCGUCGGGGUCGGGCAAGUCGACGGCGCUGCGCCUCGUCAACGGCCUCGACGCGGCGCCGACGGCCGGCGCCGUCACCGUCGGCGGCCUCGCGCUCUCCGCGGCGGACGCGCGGCGCGCGACGGCGCUCGUGGCCCAGGACACGGCGCUCUUCGACGACACGGUGCUCUACAACGCGAAAUACGGCAACGUGCUCGCGCCGCUGGACGCGGCCGUCGCCGCGCUGGCCGCCGCGGGCGCCGCGCACCUCGACCCGCGGCAGCGCGUCGGCGAGCGCCGGCGCGAGCGCGGCGCGAAGCUCAGCGGCGGCGAGAAGCAGCGGGUCCUCGCGGCGCGCGCGCUCCUCCGCGACGCGCCCGUGCUCCUCGCCGACGAGCCGACGUCGGCCCUCGACGCGGUCUCCGAGGCGCGGGUCCUCGACGCCCUGCUCGGCUCCGGGCGCACGGCCGUCGUCGUCGCGCACCGCCUCGCGGCCGUCGCGCCGCGCGCGGACAACAUCGCCGUCUUCCGCGACGGCACCGUCGUCGCCGAGGGCAAGCACGACGCGCUCCUCGCGUCCUGCGCGGAAUACGCGCGCCUCUGGGAGGCGAAGAGCGGGAGUUCGGAGGAGGGGGAGUAA